CAAAACAAAAGAAAUCGAAGAAACCUUUGAGAAUUUGAGAGGCCUGAAAGUUGCAAUCGUAACAUCACACCUUCACAGACACCUACCUCUUCCUGCUGCCUGCUGUCCUCCCCUUCUUCCCCCCACGUACUACGCAGUACCCUCACUGUGUACUCUCUUUUUUCUCUACUUUUUAGCUUUCCCCCACCUGUCGCCUUUGCCCUUUUGGUUUCCUUCCCAUUUUUCCCUAUUUAUUUACCAAAUUGCCAUCCCCUCCGGCCUCUGCCUAGUAUUUCUCUUAUAUAUAUAUAUAUGUACAUUUAGCUGUAUAUAUUAUCCCACCUUCACAACAUAAUCAACUACUUUUCCUCUCACUCCAAAUAUAUAUAUACACACACACAUCCACCAAAGGAAAAAUGUAUGGCCCUUGAGAGUUAACAUAAUAUUACCACAUUUUUUAUUACAUAUAUGUGUGUAUCUAUAGACUAUAUAUAUUGUUGUUAUAUAUAGAGAUACAAAGAGAGAGAUAACAGAUUCAUACUUCGUUAAUUUAUUAUGGGGUUACAAAGCCAGCUCAACGACGUCUCUUCCGACUCCAUCCCGCUCUUACUCAUCGCACUCAUCGCCAGCUCCAUCAACCACCUCCGCUCCUCCCUCCUCGCCCUCCUCCAUUUUCUGGGCCUCAGCCCCCAUCCCAAUCCUGGCUCAGACUACGACGAAGGCCUUGCUGCCGGCCCGGCCGUGGGCUCGGGACUCGCGGGUCUCGUUAUCUUGUCCGACCAGCUCGCCCUCAACCGUCACUUAUCCUAUCCAUACGACCGCGACGACGCCGUUGCCACCGCACGGGAUUGCAAUUGCGUGGUGUGCUUGUGCACCUUGGGGGAUGGUGAGCAGGUCCGCAUGCUCCAGUGCCGCCAUGUGUUCCACAAGCACUGCUUCGACUCCUGGCUCGACCACCUCAACUUCAAUUGCCCUCUCUGCCGCUCUCCCGUGGUACACCGGGAUGGCGUCGCGCUCACGCGCCGCCGACUCUCCCGCGACCUCCUCCACUGGUUUUCCAUCAGCUGAGAAUCAAUGGAUGUUAACGUCAUAAAUAUGUUCACAUGGUAUCCAGUAUCCACCACUGAUAUCCACUCUAAUCUGCCCAUGGAUUGUGAGUCGUGACGAUUGCCGGUGGUUUCUUACGUUUUUUCCAUUUUUCUUUCUUUUUUUUUUAUAUUUUAGAGGGUUGUUGGCCAUAGACUUUCUUUUUUAUUGUUUGGUCCCUCUAAUUAUUUUUCCUGCGGCUGUAAAUAUUUCGUGUUGCUAAUUAAAUAAGGAAGAGGGAUUUCUUUGUGUUUA